AUAAAAAUUAUUAAUCCAAAAACAGAACUUUGUUCUUAGGUUGUGUUCAUUUGAACCAGAUAAGCUCGAUUCUUCGGAAUUGGGAGAGGUUUAUCCUCAAUCUAUCAACCCUACCUUGUCGCUGUAUUCAGGUACAUGACAAUUGGUAUCUAAAGCCGUUCGAUUCUGCGAUUUUUCUUCAAUGGAGGUUGCAGAUAUGGAGGAAUCUUAUCCAAUGGAAUUCACUGAAAUUGGAUUAUUAUCACAGAAGAUUUAUACCUUGGGAAGAUUUCUAGAUGCAGUAUCAGAGAAGCUGGAGGGUGAAUUUAUUCGACCUCCUAAUCAGGUAACUUCAUGGAUGAAUAUCUUAUCAAGGGAAAUCAAGGAAAUACUAGUAAUAGAGCGAAGAUUAUAUGAUGAGAAUUCAGAAGAAAGUAUGGGAUUGCUCCAAUCAGUGGUUCAACAAUUGAAAACGGUGAAGAAAUACAUCGGUGACCGCAUGGAACCAACUCAUGUUGAUUCAGAGUUAGUAAGUGAUUUCGCUCAGAAAUCUUCAAUUUCAUCAAUGAAAUAGGAAGAUGAUUCUCUCGAUUGCUGCGAUGAGUUAAUUCCUUCUUUUUUAUUCGAUGAAGAAGAGGAUGAUUCUCAUAUUACAGAAAUCACCAAAGCUGAAGUGAAUGAUGUCGACAGAGAGAACCAUGUGCUGAAGGAGAUUAUUUAUGAGAACCUUGAAACCUUAAGGGAAUUAAUCAUGAUCCACAUCGAGUUGAAUUGUAAGGAUUUCUUUAAUCUCCUUUUUGAUUUUACUCGUUCAUUAUUCGAUCGAGGAAAGAAGAUUGAUCUCAGUUUAGGGAAUUCUGCUUUUGCCAAAUGUUAUUCUGAAAUUGGGUCUAAAUUUGAUGUGUGCUUGAAAUUGUUAGAAGGAUACUAUAGGGAACUUGUUUAAUAAUUGAAUUCAUAAACAUGGGUACUGGCCAUAUUCAUGGUUCAGAGAUCAAAUUGCUUGUAUGUUAGCUAGUGGUAGUGUCUUUGGUACUGCCUGGCAGUUGUUUGUUAAAAUGCUAUUAAUGGAUAUUGUGUGUUGUGAGCACAAUUUUUUUUAACCACACACUUCCUACUGGGUUAAAUUGUUACCAUUCUUUCAAACAUGCGGAUAAAGUAUAUGAUCGUGGAAAAGAGUUUCAUCUUAUUCAGGGGUUAUCAUCUUUUACUGAUGUUUCUAGACACUAUUUCGAUCCAACUACUUCUUGUUUGAUUGUAAUGGCCAACUUCAAGGGUUAUUCUAUUCGUGAACCGGUUAACAGGCAUGGUUACCAAUCAGAUUGGUUGUUUGGUGAAUCAAAUUUGGGUAAGGUUUGUUACAAAUGGAUUGUUGGUACAUGUCUGUUCCUGAUUUUCAAUUCUCUCCAUAGUGUGUUUGAUCGUGGGAAAGAGAUGUCUUGCAUUCCUACACUUGAUUUUACAUUUGGACAUCAAAUGAAUGUGUGGGUUAUGGACUUCAUGUUACCUGGGUUGAUUACACCUAAUGAUAUUGGUGAUAGCAGUAACUUACUUGUCAAACUGUUGCAAAGGAGAAAUUAUACCAACAAUUUGUUGUUGCUUCUGUGGGUACAAAUUGGUGGAUUUCAUACUGUUUAUAAAUUCUUAUAUUGUUGUGAAUGGUUGCAGUUCAAAAUGUUUGCUCAAAAUCCUGAGAUGUUGGGAAAUGCAUGUUCUCCUUUGCAGCUGAAGUGUUGUCAGGCGUUAAUGAAACUGCAACUCGAGGCCCUAGUUCUUCAUGUAUUGAUAAUUACUAUGGAUCCUUGUAAUGGGUUUAGAUCCUAUAUUGCAUCAGUUGACAGGGUCUCUUUCCAUUUGCUUAAAGUUGAAUACGACGAGUUACCAAGUAGUAUUUAUCAUCAAGUUUGCUCGCUGGAUAUAUGAUAGAGAAAAGUUGUUCGCUAGUCAAGGGUAUUCUUCUUUCGCUGCUACUUAUGAAUGUUGUGUUGAUGAUCGAGUCACCUUUUUUGGGGUGGUGUCAACUUGGAUGGAUGAACACGGUUAUGAAUCUGUAUACGAGCUGAUUUUGGAGUUUGGGUACCAUUUUAAUUUUUAAUUUGAGUCUUCAAAUGGGCUUUUGUUGGCUGCAAAUGGAAUCAAUCGUAGUGCUAGCGAGCUGUCUGAUGAAGUGCCCGAGAGGAAUCUCAGCAGUAUUAUGCUCCUUGUAUGGAAGAGAGGAAAUCGUCUGUGUUAUCUUUGAUGUUGCAUUUUCAAUAUCAGGGCUCAACACAUAAAGCCACUUCGGUUGAUCACUUCAACUGUGCACUCUCAUGGGUACAAGUUUAUUUCUGCACAGUCUCUUGAUUGCUUCUGUUUCUACCAAGUUGGAGUUCCUUCGCAGAUAACUGUGUUGCUGUGGGUAGGGUACUUGCAGUGGAAAUUCAAAAUUUUUUCAACUAGGUGGUUUAGUGUGCGAAAUGUUAGGUGGGUUGAUAAUAUUUUUAUCUCUGUGGGGGGCCUUGAUAUCAACUAGAAUUAUAAGAGGGACUGCAUCUGCGAAGCUGAGGUCCGUAAGCAGAUUGUAGCCGUUCUCCUGCGAAAAAAAAGCUGGGACCUGACCACUGCAAUAAAAAUUUUAAGUACUGCCCAAGGGUGGAGGAGCUUAAAGCAUAACCUACUCAUUGCAUGGCAAGUGAGUACUAUACCUGUUCUGAAUGGUACUAAUUCAAUGUGCAAGGGUGGUGAAUUUCAGUUAGUGCACCCACACUUGAUGGCAACUUAUAAGUGGAUGGCCCUAACAUAUAGUUUGCAACAGUUUCCUAUCUUUUUAACAACCAGGGUUGCUGAAAUCAACUUUUGCUUAUCCAUGCUUAUGUUAUUCCUUGCAAAUAAGAAGACAGAGAACUGUGGAUACACCCAUUGUGCGGAACUAUACAAGAUCACCAAUCAGUCAAGACUUUAUAGCUACACUUGAACCAACACUUACUUGGAUUCUUAAUUUAUUAGUUGUUGUUCAUGAGUGCACUGGAAGUCGUGACCAUAGUCAGGACUGAUAAUUCAAGUGAUGCUUACCAAUCCGGGAGUUGUGCAGAUAUGAAAACUCCAUCGGGCAACAACAUGAGGGACCAACAAUUGUGAAGGAUGGCAAUAAACAAAAGCUUGAGCAGCAAUUACAUGGUCUGCAGUUCCCUAGUGGCACGACAUUUGAGGAAAAUCAGUGCCGCUCUAAUUCCAUCCUUGAGGACAAGGAUGUUUUGGAGGGGAAGGUAAUGUCAUGUAACCGUUGUCGAACGGGAGUGCCCUUAUCAUUCUACUUAUUAGUAUCUAGUGUUAGUUGUGAUUGGUAGCCCUUAGUUAUGAGUAGGUGUGUUUAUCACUUGUAAAGAGUGAGUUAGAUGUAAACAUAUGGUGAGAUUGUAGCCGUUAGAUGCUAGGUUAGAUUUCUCUCGCUUUAUAAGAAAAACCAGCCUGUAACGAAGAGUAUAAAAAUUAUUAAUCCAAAAAAAGAACUUUGUUCUUA